UAUCAGCUCAGCACCACAAGGAAGUGCGGCACCCACAGGCGCUCGGAAAGUUCAGCAUGCAGGAAGUUUGGGGACAGCUCGGCGACUAGAGCAGCCCGGGCCAGCGGGGCAGCGGCGGAGAGCGCGGCGCGGCGGCCGUCCCGGGAGCCUGUCCCGGAUUUUUCUUGGAGCGACGCUGACCCUGGGUCGCUGAUCCCAAUGCACCGGCUCAUCCUCGUCUACACUCUAGUCUGCGCAAACUUUUGCAGCUAUCGGGACGCUUCUGCAGCUCCGCAGAGCGCAUCCAUCAAAGCUUUGCGCAACGCCAACAUCAGGCGAGAUGAGAGCAAUCACCUCACAGACUUGUACCGAAGAGACGAAACCAUCCAGGUGACUGGAAACGGCCAUGUGCAGAGUCCCCGCUUCCCAAACAGCUACCCCCGGAACCUGCUCCUGACCUGGCGGCUCCGUUCCCAGGAGAAAACCCGGAUACAGCUGGCCUUUGACAAUCAGUUUGGAUUAGAGGAAGCAGAAAAUGAUAUCUGUAGGUAUGAUUUUGUGGAAGUUGAAGAUAUAUCAGAAACCAGUACCAUUAUCAGAGGACGAUGGUGUGGACACAAGGAAGUUCCUCCAAGAAUAACAUCAAGAACAAACCAAAUCAAAAUAACAUUUAAGUCUGAUGACUACUUUGUGGCUAAGCCUGGAUUCAAGAUCCAUUAUUCUUUUGUGGAAGAUUUCCAACCCGCAGCAGCCUCAGAAACCAACUGGGAGUCGGUCACAAGCUCUAUCUCAGGGGUAUCCUAUCACUCUGCAUCAGUAACGGACCCCACUCUCACGGCGGAUGCUCUGGACAAAACCGUUGCACAGUUUGAUAAGGUGGAAGACCUGCUCAAGCACUUCAGUCCCGAAUCAUGGCAAGAAGAUCUGGAGAAUCUGUACUUGGACACACCCCAUUAUCGAGGCCGGUCAUACCAUGACAGGAACUCAAAAGUUGACCUGGACAGGCUCAACGACGAUGUCAAGCGGUACAGCUGCACGCCCAGGAACUACUCGGUGAACGUGAGAGAGGAGCUGAAGCUGAGCAGCGUGGUCUUCUUCCCCCGCUGCCUCCUGGUGCAGCGCUGCGGGGGGAACUGUGGCUGCGGCAGCGCCGGCUGGAAGUCCUGCAGGUGCAGUUCGGGGAAGACUGUGAAAAAGUACCACGAGGUGUUGAAGCUCGAGCCUGGCCAUUUCAGGAGGAGGGGCAGAUCGAAGUACAUGGCCAUCGUCGACAUCCAGCUGGAUCACCACGAGCGGUGCGAUUGCAUCUGCAGCUCCAGGCCACCUCGAUAAAAGAAUGUGCACGUUCAUUAAGCAUGAAAGAUCCUUUAGUUUAAGGAGAUCCUUUUCCCACCAGCAACCGAACUUACUGCUCGCCUGCAAAGCAAUGAAUACAAGUGGUUGCUGAGUUUCAGCCUCGCUUUGUUAGUGCCGUGGCAAGUAGAAAGGUGUAUCAUCAACCUCUAUAUCCAAGAAUAUAGGAUUGCAUUUACUAAUAGUGUCUGCGGGUAUAUCCAUGUCUACAUGUACAUAGGCCAUAUGGUUCAUUCAGUAUAUAUAACCAGGUAACCAGGUACACCAGAACUUACAUAAGGUGAGUCAUUUAGAGCCUUAAAAUCUUUUGACAAAAUAAGUGACAUAUUAAAUACGUGAAACAUGUCUUGGGAAUAUUUGGAAGAUUAAUUUAUUUUUAAAUUUUGAAUCACAGAACAAUUUUGGAUCUUGCUCUUUAAAGAAGUGCAAGAUUUUAUAUUAAAAACCAAUAGCUGAGCUUUUCUUAUAUAUACAUCUUAAUACUAAGAAAGGAAAAAUGAGGCUUCUGGGGAAAAGGCACAAACCAAACCAUUUUCCCUGUGAGAUACACGACGUGCCUAUGCAGACAGGAAACACCUGCUCCAAGUGCAUGCCACAGUAAUCAAUACAGGAGCGCGGCCAUGAAGUCAUCUUUCUGUGCAUCUUGCUGAGGCAUGUAAUUCAUUUAACACCAGCCUAAAAAGAAAUUCUCAAAAGGUCUAUUAUUAUAAUCCUACAAUAGACCAUUUAUAAACUGUACAAGAAAUUUUCAUUGUUUCUUUCCAAAAACCCCUCCACAGAAGUAACUUUUUUGGAGAGUGGCGUGGGUCUCUACAUGAGCCUUUCCGAAUACUGUCCAUUGAGAGACUUGGUAGGCGAAAGUAAAAACAUUAGGCAUUGAAGUAUUAACCUAACUGGAAAUUGGAUGGAAUACUUGAUAGGAUCCAUAUUUAAUAAUGGAUUCAAACUCUCCAAACUAUGCUAAUUAAUUUUAUGUAUUUUGCUAUUGUCUUCCUGUCUCUUUGAUAUACAGACAUGGAUUUACAAGGCAUUUUAUAUUUGACAAGCCAUCCUGGAGACAGGUUUAGAGCCUAAAAGCUUUUGUGUAUUAAAACAACCCAAAUUUAUGGAUGUAAAUUUCUAAUUAUGUUCUCACGCACCAUCUCUGAGCCCUGUUUCUGAACUCAGUGAAUCAGAUCUGGGGCCUGAGGUUCUUUUCCAACCCCAGGGACCCCGUCCUAAGGAGCCCACUGCAAUUGUGGGAGCAUGACCCUGGCCCCGCUCUGCCACUAGGAAACGGUUUUUGCACCUGUGGUUACCACUGGUGUUUACAGUAAUUUUUCUUCUCUGGCUCCUUACUGUCUGCUCGCAAGGGGACUGACUCCAGGAGUGAAAAGUGAUCCAUCAUUCUCCGAAGCAAGGCUCUGAAGAGAGCAACACCGGAAUCGAGAUAGCUCGGGGCUGCUCACAGAGAACUACCUUUUUCUUGCUGCUUUGAAUGAAGAAAGGAGAGCUGGUUUCUUUCCUGAGUCCAGGCCCCUACUGACUAAAACCAGUCUGCGUGAGGGGUGUGUGACAGGUGCUUGUUAAGCCCCUGUGCCAGAUGAGUGGCCACAAUGUACUUGGAAUUCUAAGCAUGGUGCUCUCAGGACCAAAUUCUCCACUAUCCUGAGCUCAUUUCUUCUCAGCUCUUUGAGAAGAAAGGUCAAUGCUUAUUGAGGAUAUAUUUUCAAACUGUGUCCAGAGGUGAGCAGUAAAAUUAAAUAAAGAUUGUUCAGUUGUCCAGAAUCCCAGAGUCAGCAAAAGCUAAGACAGACAUUCCCCUUCAUGACCAUUUGCAAGUUUCCUAUGAAAACAUCGGAUUCCUGUACCCACAUCAAAAUGCGUUGCCACAUGUUAACCUGUUGGGCUUACACCGUGUCUGUAAGGAGGAAAAAUGAGAGUGUUCUACCCAAUUUUCAAUAAACCUUCCAGGCAGCAAUAACCAGCAUGGUUUUCAGUUAAAGCCCUAUCUGUGCUUUUAAUUUAUUCGCUGAAAUGUAAGAAGGCAUAUUCACUCACUUUUCUUUUUUUCUUUCCUUCCUGUUUUAUUAAAACUUCUCCUUUGGUUAUCUGCUAUCUAUCACACUUCCAAUAAAUCUGUUUUAUUCCCAUGAAAAGAAUCAAACAUUCACCGUACAAACUGCAUUUCAAUACAAACCCUAAUAAAUCCACCUGAAAUUAUGCCUUUCAUUCAAUAUGUUCUUAUAGGGCAAAACACUUUCAAAAGUAGAAUUUUUGUUUUUGUCAUAUCGGUAACAUGCAGCUUUUCCCCCUCAUAGCAAAUGUAAUAUGCCUCUUAUCUUUGUGAAAAAUAAAUGUUGCUUUCAACAAAAGUACUCCAUUGCUUCGUACUCCUCUGUGCAAGUUACAGACUUGCUUUUGCAAAUGCAUACUCCUGUUGGGAGUGACCACAGAGGCACUGGAUAUCUGAAGGCUUGGUUCUAGAAUGUUGAAAGAGUAGAACCUUGUUCCCUGACAGUGGGAUUCUACUCUGUCCCUGUUCUGAAGCCCAGCCACGAGGUGGGACUUGGGUUUCUGUUGUUGCUUCUUUGUAUGACUGUUUCCCCUCCGGCCUUUUAAUGAGAUAAAGUCCUCUCUAACAUUGCUCACUUAAGAGAGUUGACAGCCCAUCUCUUCCCCCUGCACCUGAAAUUAAAAACCUCAGAGACACAUUUCCCUUUUGUCCACCCUCACACCUCUUCCCAUCUGGAUGGACACCCCAGCUCGUGGGUCAGUGGUGUCAGCUUAGAGAGACCAGUUUAGGGGCUACACUCCUCUAAACUUCCG